UAGAUAUUUAGUUUUUAUUCGAGUGACGGCAAGUUUUCGUGAUUGCAAUAAAAUAUUUGUUUGCGUUUGAUUGCGUCGAGUGAUGAAUACAAAGUUGGAAAACGGUCAGGGGAAAUAAAUUAGUGCUACGUUACCAGACCACAUCGCAGACGACGAGAGAAACUUUUGUUAUACAUAAGUAUAAGUGAAUUUUUACCUCGGAUCAAUAUCAAUAAGCUCGUACUGACAAGAUGUCUAAGUAUUCGGGGAAAAAAUGCCGUUUGCUUUCAAUGAUGUGGUUGACUGCGUUUUUCUUCUUUGUGGAAAUUGUAGUUGGCUACGUAACAAAUUCAAUGGCUUUGGUGGCAGACAGUUUUCAUAUGUUAGGUGACAUCGCUGCACUUGUCAUAUCCUUUCUAUCAAUAAAAAUGUCCCCAAAGAAGUGGUCGAAAAACACAUUUGGCUGGGCGCGUGCGGAGGUGCUGGGAGCGCUAGUGAACGCAGUUUUUUUAGUAGCUUUAUGUUUUAGCAUAACUAUAGAGGCUUGUAAAAGGUUCAUAGAGGAAGAGGAAAUACAUGAGCCGAAACUCCUAGUGAUAGUUGGCUGCCUGGGUUUGUUAGUAAAUGUUAUUGGACUAUGUUUACUUUACGAGCAUGGUGGUCACCACGGUCAUUCGCACGGCGGUGGUCUUACUAGAAAUCAUAGCAGGCUUACAGAACUAGCAAAUAUAGAUGAUGGCGAAGGUGAGCCCAAUGACUUCGCCUAUGAAAAAGAGAAAAAACCGAUGAAGAAAUUAAAUCAUGGUCACAGUCACGAUCCAGGCCAAAUGAAUAUGCGUGGUGCAUUUUUACACGUACUAAGUGAUGCCUUGGGUAGUAUCAUAGUCGUGAUUAGCGCCUUGGUUGUGUGGCUAACAGACUGGAAAUAUCGAUACUAUAUGGAUCCUGCUCUUUCUAUCGUUUUGGUUUGCCUAAUUCUACAUUCAGUUUGGCCACUCCUCCGGGAAUCAGCAUUGAUAUUGCUACAAACUGUGCCAACGCAUAUUCAAGUUGACGCGAUCCAAAAGCGUCUGCUGGAAAAAGUUGAUGGUGUUCUGGCUGUUCACGAAUUUCACGUUUGGCAAUUAGCUGGGGACCGUAUAAUCGCUUCGGCUCACAUAAGAUGUCGCAACCUUUCGGAAUAUAUGAAAAUUGCGGAGAAGGUUAAGGAAUUUUUUCACAAUGAAGGCAUACACUCGACCACAAUUCAGCCCGAGUUUGUCGAAAUAGAAGGCUGCAACAUGUCUGAUGGCACAUCGAGUCUAAAUAUGAGUGGCUCCGAUUGCGCAUUAGAUUGUCCCAGUACAGCAGAGGGAUGCGUCAAAGCGACUUGCUGCCAAAAUAAUAACAAAUUGAAUCAGGUGCCCUCACCGACGAAUUCUCCCUAUACAUGCCGCCAAAGGAACUCGAAAAAUCCGAAUGAUGUUGAAGCAGGAUCCUCACUUUUGGAGUGCUUAGCCAGCGCAUCAAAUUCAGUUACAAAUGGGAAUUCAGAGUCUGGCCCUACGGUGAAUGGAGAAGUCGUGUGACAGGUCCACCUUUUACAUAUGUGACGAAAGUAACAACAAAUAAUAGGGCAUAGAAGAGCACAAAAGAGUUAUAACCUUAUUUUCUUAGACUAUUUAUUUAUGUGUGUGUAUAAGCCAUGCUUGUCCAUCCCACCAUCCGGAUGUAAUGACGGUAGUGAAGAGCCAAAGAUUGAUAACGUCUUCAAAAGUUUAGUAAUUGAACAAUUUGAAUUUUGCAUAAUAUUCUUAAUUGAAUGUUCGUUUUUAAAUCCAUCAAAAACGGUACAUGCAAUUUGGUACAAUACUUAGUAGAUAUCAAGAAGUGUGACAUGUGCAAUUAGUGAAAUUAUAGAGAAAUCAAAGAUAGAAUUUUCAUUAUUAAAUUUAUUAGAAGUUAAAAAUUGUUUCUUCAGUACAUAUGCAGAUAUAAGAAAUCUUAAAAUUAGGUUAAUGUACAAGUAGAAUAUUAAUAUAUCGGCAAAGUCGAAAUACAAGUAGCAUCGCUUUUAAUGAGACAAUUGAAAUGUAUAAAUUGGAGUGAUACAGACCGUAAUUAUAGAUGCAAACAUACGUACAUAUGUAAUAUAAGAUUAAAAAAUAUAGCUUUAAGAGAAAUAAGAAUUUUUGCACUAAAGUUUUCAUUCAUAAGUUGAAUACAUAUUUAAUAUUAAUUUUUUCUCAGAUACGUACCCGUACAUAUACAUAUACAUAUAUUGUUAGUAUGUUGAAAUGGCGUUUUCGUUGGUUUGUUAUCGACAUGGGCGUAAUACUUAUGAUACAUCAGUCACAUUUUAAUUUGUUAAUAAAUAUAAAAAUUAUAUAUACAUAUGUAUAUCACAUACUA